UAUUUUCUUUAUAUUUUUUUAUUUAAAUAGCAAAGAGAAAUUUUAAACAUGCAUAUCAAACCAGAGCUGGGGUCUUCAGAGGUUAGUCUAAAGACAAACACUGGCUCUGUGUGAUGGUUUUAUUACUUAUGCCUUCAAGUUGUCUAUUUAUAUUUUCCUGCAUACUUUAAUAUAGAAUGGAGUCACUGUGUCGGUGCACGCCAAUAAAGUGCAGAAGCAGCAGACAGAUCGUGAUUAUGUUCAGUAUAAAACUAUGUAAGGCAUGAAGUGGCCUCCACCCUGCCUCGCUGUAAAGAGACACAAUUUACCGGAAACAGUAGCGAUGAUACCUACAAAAUAAAAGCAUGAGAUAAAGCCACGGUGAAGGAAAGAACAUAUUUCGGCGUCAUAAACAGCACAAAAACACUCUAUAACAACGUUUGUUAAGUUGUAAUAUAAUCACGUAGCUACAGAUUGCAUACAAACCCCCCUGAUGCGGAAUAGCGUGUUUAGGAGCGUGUUUCUCUGUGGACGUCCUGGGCGGAAGACGCGCUCUUAUUGCGUGUAACUUGACGGAAGUCACCUUUUCUUGAUCCCGGCCGUGCAGCCAAUCAGCGGCUGUCGGGGACACAUGAACGGUGAUAACAUCCACGGAGCAGCCUGCAGCCCGGAGGAACAAAGAAAGCCGCCCGCUGCCUCCUUUCGCUCCGUGGCCACCGGACAAACAGCCGCUCGGUCCGGGCGUCCUCCCCCCGCUGGCGCACCGACUCCUCCGUGACUGCUGGAUGUCAGUCCCCGGGUUCGGCUCCGAUGGCUGCGUUCGCUGAGGAAAGAGGAAACUUGGCGUCGUGAGAGGUUUUCGUCGGGUCGCCUUUCUCGGUACCUUCCUGGCUUGGAUGCGCGGAGGAAACGGGCCGGGCUUUGCGAGCUGCUCCCUGUUGACCCGGGAAAGAUGCACUUCUCUCAAGAUCCCUGCACUCACAUGGAUUAAGAGGAGUGUGGUUCCCCCUGGUUGAAGACAGCAUCUGUCCACCCACAGCGUUGCCGUUGUGCCCAUGAGGUAACGUCGGGAUCUACCGGCCCCUCAUUACCACCCUCGGUCCGUCCUCUUCCCUCCCCUCUGCCCCAUCCUCCCUUGGAUCCACCCAGCCAUGGGCCAGAAGAUCUCGGGCAGCAUCAAGUCGGUGGAUGUGCGUGGGGAGCCCUCUUACCGGCCGGUGCGUCGUGAACUGCGGGGUCCGGACUUCUGUCGGCCCCCCAGGCUGGACUUGCUGCUGGACAUGCCAGCGGCCAGCGCCGAGGCUCAGCUUCGCCACGCCUGGAACCCUGACGACCGAUCGCUCAACGUCUUUGUUAAAGAAGACGACAAGCUGACGUUUCACCGGCAUCCCGUAGCGCAGAGCACAGACUGUAUCCGAGGCAAGGUGGGCUACACCCGGGGUCUGCACGUGUGGAGGAUUCACUGGCCGGCCAGACAGAGAGGCACCCAUGCUGUCGUGGGGGUGGCCACCGCCGAAGCACCUUUGCACUCAGUGGGCUACACGGCCCUGGUGGGCUCGGACUCUGAGUCCUGGGGCUGGGACCUGGGCCGAAACAGACUCUACCACGACGGGAAGAAUCGGCCCGUUUCCUCAGCGGCGCCCACGUACCCCUGUUUCCUGGAGCCAGACGAGUCGUUUGUGCUUCCGGACUGUCUGACGGUAGUGCUGGAUAUGGACGAAGGGACUCUGAGCUUCAUGGUGGACGGGCAGUACCUGGGAGUGGCUUUUAGGGGGCUGAAGGGCAAGAGACUUUAUCCCAUCGUCAGUGCCGUGUGGGGGCACUGUGAAGUGUCGAUUCGCUACGUCAACGGACUCGAUCCGGAGCCCCUCCCCCUCAUGGACCUGUGCAGACGAGUAGCUCGGCUGGCGCUGGGUCGAGAGCGCAUCCAUCACAUCGACACACUGCCGCUGCCGCAGACUCUCAAGAACUACCUCCAGUACCAGUGACCACACACAGAGAAACAGAGGCCCGUUUGUUCUGACGACUACCAGCCUCCCGACUUCACCCCGACCGUCAGACGUCCGCUGAGGAUGCGGGCGAUGACACGGACCGGGUGGUUCCGAUGGCGCUGCAAAGGGUUUUGUUUACACCAGUUGGGGAUGUUUUUUUUUCCAUUUUGGAUGUUUUUAUUUCCUUGUUUUUUGUUUUUUAGCUUCUUUCCUUUUGUUCUUGUUGCUGACUUGUGGACAGACGACCAGAGGAGCUGAUCAACGAGACCGAGGGGUUUCCAAAAGCGCCUUUCGAUCCGGUUUCCUGCUAAUCGCGUAGACGGAGUCAGAGCACAUGUCCUGAGUUAGAGAGGCCUUAAAUGCUGUGGGGUUUGUCUUUUUGUUUUGGGCAACAGUUUACCCAGACAUCUGUUCGGCACAGACUCUGUGGAAGCCUCCUCGGAAACAUGUUGGUAUUUAUAUUUAUAUUCCCAACAGCACAGCGGGCUCUGUGGAGACACAACAAUCCCUGCAGGCCACAGGAGAGCGAGAGAGAGAGAAAGAGGGAGAUCUAUAUUUGCUGCACACAUGGAUGGCAUGUAUACAGUUCAGCCUGUGUUAUGAGUGAGGAGAAACAAAGUCAGUCUGCAGCUCGACGACAGCUCACCGAGAAGCAGGCGGUUAGCUCACACUGACUGGUUUUAAAUCUCUCUUUCUCUCUCCGUCACUCGCUCCAGUUUGAUGCGAGCCUCCGUCAGGCGUAGUGAACUGGAAGGGCCGCGGCCGCCGCUCACCGGCUCUCCGGCUCCUGUAACGCUGAUGGAGAUUGAUCCGGAGGUGAAGCCGUGUCUUCGACUGCUAAUGUGCCCGCUCUGCUACAGCGCACACAGGAAGAGGAACAGAAAAAAGAAAAGCACACAACUGAUCUGUCAUAUCAGAAGACACUUCUUUCCUCCCCCAAAGUUUUAAAUGCUGCUUUUCUGUCUUUUUCUUCCACCGUCGGGUUUUUAUCCCUGAUUUACUUUUAAAAGCGAUGGUCUUAUGAUGAGAUUUUCUUUAAUGUCUUCUCUCUUUUUUUUUUUUUAAUGGAUUUUGAGAUUUGUCUGCGGGACAGGAUGUCUCGCAUGUAUAGGUGGAAGAAUGUGCUGCCAUGAAAAUCUUUUAAAUGUGAAUAAGAAUAAACUCAGAUAAACUGA